CCUUACCCCGUAUGGCCGCGAUCUCCUCAGCCUUCAGAUUCGGUAGCAGCCCGGGCCCAUUACGAGGCCCUUCAGCAUCGGGGCCCACUCGCUCGACCGCUGCCUGCCCUACGGUGGUCCCGGCUGCCCCUCCUCCUGACCCGGUCGCCGCCAUGCUCCCCGCCGGAACCGCCGUCGCCCCGCCAGCCGUCGGGACCGCCACCGCACCUCCUCCACCCGCGCCCGCGCGAGGGCCCGCCACCACUGCUGGGCUCGUUCGGGUCGCCUACACCUCGGCUCGAUCUCCCCCGCCGAGCCCCAAUGCCGCAGCCAGCCGCCCCUGCUCCUCCCGCAUGCUGGUGAGGAGUUGCAUGAUCACGUCACGUUCACGCCUGGCCUCUUCCACCUCAGCCCGCACCUCCUCCAUGUUGGAGUCGAUCCUCAACUGCAUCGCCAUGAUGGUGCGCAUCGAGGCUUGGAGAUCGUCACUCUCCGUCUCGUCCACCACGACACCUUCGCGCCGAUUGUCCGCUAGGGGCGUGGAAGCCCUAGUCGUGGCCGCCGCCGCCUUGGAAAUAUGAAAAGAGUUAAUGGGUCACCCGUUUUAGCCCGGAAAUAUGAAAAGAGUCAUUAUAUUGUACUUAUCCUGAUAAAUUAUAUCAAAUCUCAUCUAACAUAUGAGUUAUAACUUAUAACAUAUAAUAUCACACCAAAAUAAAAUGUCGUACUUAGAUCCAAUAUAUAGUGAAAAUUCACACACUUAUGUAACAUCAAUAUUCAAAUGUUCAACUUAGGAUUCUCAAAAUCGAGUUAGGAGGAAAGAAAAAUCGAAAAAUAGGCGCAUUUCGCAAACAAAAAAAAUGAUACAAUUUAACCUCCAACUCGGUACCUUGUAGCGGUCAACCCGACGGGUACAUGCGGCCCAUUUUUCUCACCGGGUCAGAGUCAAAGUGGGUCAACUCGCGGAUCGACCUACUGGUUGGCAACCUUGCAGGGAGCAUUGCUCCCCCUAAAGGCAUGUUCGGAGGAAAAAAUGAUGUGUCUGACAAUGCUUGUGAAGCCAAACAAGCAUUAUUCUAAUACUAGUUGUUUCGUUAUUUCUAGAGAAGCCAGAGGAGCACAUAAAAGUUGUGGACCUUCUCUUCUGGGAAAUCCUAAUAGGGAUCAUUUGGAUUAGAGAUUGGUACGCAGGAUUUUGUCCAAAUAUCUCGUUCUGCAGGAUUUUAACAAAUUUACUUGUUUGGAUAGGUUAAGGAUUGUGGGUAUGAGAGAUUUCAAAAACUCUAAUAUGCAGGUUUUUAAAAUAGCUGAUAGGAAUCAACUAUUUUAAAAUCUUGCAUUGUUAUAUUUUUUAUUCCCGUUCUGUCCCUUUCAAUUUUAUUAAAUCCCAAACUUCCCCACACACGCCGCACUCCACGGCAAAGUUGAGAGCAGCGGGUCUUUCGCCGGAGCUCCACUUCAUCUGGGCCCUCCCUGAGAUACUUCUCCUUCAACACCCAAACCCACAGCUCCCCCGGUUGCUUGAGAAUUUCCCAAGCGAGCUUCAAGAAAUACGCGGUGUUCAGAUCCCGCGCAUUCCGUAGCCCCAGCCCGCCUUGGUCUUUUGGGAGGCAAGUCGUUUACCAGUUGAUCAAAUGGAUUCGCCGCCGACCUUCUUGAGAGCCCCAAAUGAACGCCCUGAUCUUACGGUCCAGGUAGUCACAUAUUCCCGCUGGCAGCAUCGAUGUUUGCAUAACAUAAGACGGGAUGGCAUUUAGCACCGAGAUAGCAAGUGUAACCCGACCUGCAAGAGACAAGUUCUCCGCUUUCCAACCUGCAAGGUGUUGGUCAAUGCGAUCAAUAAUAUAUUUACAGGUAUGUUUCGUCACCCGGCCAUGCAUGACAAGUACACCAAGGUAUUUCCCCAGGUCCUGUGUCAUCGGGAUUUGGAGAUGAUCGCCAAUCUCCUUACAGACGUCUCGUUUUGUGUUCUUCGAGAAGAACACUCGAGACUUAUCCGUACUCACGAUCUCCCCCAAUGCCUCACAAAACCUCUACAGGCAAGAUCUGAUAACCUCUGCUUGCUCCAAAGAUGCCUCGACAAAGAGUACCAGGUCGUCUGCAAAAAAAAAAGAUGGGUUAGCUCAGUUCCUCCCUGAACAAGUUGGAUUGGUUUCCACCGCUUCCUGCGCAGCUCCUCCUGGAUUAAGUGACCCAGACGCUCGAUACAUAGGGUGAAAAUAUAGGGGGAGAGUGGGCACCCCUGGCGAAGCCCCUGGUUGGCUUGAAAGAUUCCGUCGUAGCACCGUUCCACAGAAUCUCUAUCGUUGAUGAUGUUAAACAAGCCACGACCGCAUUCACAAACCUCUCCGGCAGCCCUGCGGCAAAUAACGUACUGACCACGAAAUUCCAACUCAACCGAUCAUACGCCUUGGCCAAAUCAAUUUUGAUCACCAUCUACCCUUUCUUCCCUGUCUUCAUACUCAUGGUAUGAACCACCUCCUGAAGAAUAAUGAUAUUACUCUGGA